GUUAUUUGCUUUUAUGAAAUACUAUAUUCAGGAAACUCAACAGUUCUGAAUGAAAUAUUUACGAAAUAUAACAUAUCGGUCAAAGCAUAUUGCAAGCCCUAUCGUUUUCAGAAUAUUUAGUAACAAUGGCUUUGCCGCAAAAGAAAUAUUAUAGACAACGUGCGCAUUCUAACCCUAUCGCAGAUCACUGUUUUGAUUAUCCAUCUCACCCUGAUGAUUAUGACUGGACUCCCUUAUAUCCAAUUAUAUCAGAAAAACCAAAUCAGGUGGAGUUUUUAGAUGUUGGUUGUGGUUAUGGAGGACUUUUGGUUGCAUUGUCUCCAAUGUUUCCCAGUAACUUGAUGUUGGGUUUGGAAAUAAGAGUUAAAGUAUCUGACUAUGUAAAUGAUAGGAUAAAAGCACUCAGGGUACAGUAUCCUGAUCAAUAUCAAAAUGUAGCUGUGUUAAGGACAAAUGCCAUGAAAUAUCUUCCUAACUUUUUUCAUAAAGGCCAGCUAAAAAAAAUGUUUUUCUUAUAUCCAGAUCCACAUUUCAAGAAAGCAAAACAUAAAUGGAGGAUAAUUAACAAAUGGCUCCUUUCUGAAUAUGCUUACGUACUGUGUGAACAGGGUAUUGUAUACACAAUUACUGAUGUAAAGGAUUUGAAUGAAUGGAUGGUUGCACAUUUUGAGGAACAUCCAUUAUUUGAAAGUGUUCCUGAAGAAGAAUUGAAAGAAGAUCCGAUAAUAGAAAAACUUUAUGAGAGUACUGAAGAAGGUCAAAAAGUAACUAGGAAUAAUGGAGAGAAAUUUCUAGCAGUGUUUAGAAGGAUUGCUGAUAAAACGAAAACUAAUUAAAUUCCGAUUUAUUUAAUAAUUUACAAUGUUAUUUAAAAAAGACAAUUUUAAUAAGUAUAUUCUGCUUAAAAUUAAAAAUAUGCAAGUAGUGUGAUCGCAACUUCAGUAUAAAAUGUUUAUAUAUAAAUGUAAAAGCAAAUUACAAUCUUAAUUACACAAACUUUAAAAUUCAUUUAAAUGAGUUUACACCAAGUUUUUUGGCAACAUUAUAUAUGGCAACCAUACUUUUGUGUUAAUAUAAAAAUAAAUUAUCCUUUAAAAUAUAAAUAAAGCGAG